AUGUCUGCUGAUACUAGUUCAUCAACAUCAGCAUUCGUCUCCACAUUGAUCUUCAAUGGUGUGAUAUUCAUAAUAUUCAUCUGGCUAUUCCUAACAUUACGACCUAAAAACAGAAGAGUAUACGAACCGAGAACACUAAAAGAUAUCCAAACAAUAAAAGAAGAGGAGAGAACAGAUCAAGUGCCCUCAGGUUAUUUCCAAUGGGUACCAUACCUUCUCUCCAAACCACAUUCAUUCAUAAUCCAACAUAGCUCCAUAGAUGGCUAUUUAUUCCUACGUUACAUAGGGAUUAUGGGCUCCUUAUCCCUCGUAUUUUGCUUCAUAUUAUUCCCCAUUUUGCUACCAGUAAAUGCAACAAACGGCCAUCAUUUGAAAGGGUUCGAAAUACUAUCAUUCGCCGAUGUGAAAAAUAAAAACAGAUUCUACGCACAUGUUUUCCUCUCAUGGAUCGUCUUCGGAAUGAUAACUUAUAUCCUUUAUAAGGAAUUAUACUACUAUAUCGUCCUAAGGCAAGCCGUGCAGACAACUCCAUUGUAUGAUGGGUUAUUAUCUUCAAGAACUGUCAUCAUUACGGAAUUGCAACCGGAAAUGGCACAGGAGAUCGAAAUGGAUAAGAGAUUCCCAGAGGCAACAAACAUUAAUUUGGCCUAUGAUCUUACUGAAUUGCAAGAACUGAAUAAGAAACGUACAAAGAUUUUCAAAAAAUUGGAAGCCGCAUUGAAUAGUGUCAUUAAAAAAUCAAUGAAAUUGAAAUUAAAAUAUCAGAAACAUCCAGAGAAAUUAUACGGGCCCGAGGGUAAUAAGAGAGUAAACGAUCUGGAAACUUAUGUCCCUUAUAAUAAGAGACCUAGCUUCCGUCUACCUAUUACAAUCCCUCGUUUCGGUUGGAAAGUAUCCAUACCAUUCUUGCCCAUCGGUAAGAAAGUUAACACUAUUCCUUACUGUACUGAAGAAUUGGCUGAGUUGAACGACCAGAUUCAUGAGAAACAAUUGAAAUGGGAUACAAACGGGAAAUUACCCGCUGCAUUCCUUCAAUUUGAAACUCAAUUGGAUGCACAGAAAUGUUAUCAAUCCAUUGAUGGUGUCCUGGGUCCCAAGACGUUCGGUAGUAAAUUAAUAGGAUGUGCUCCAGAAGAUAUUAUUUGGUCCAAUGUGAGUUUGACGACAAAAGUGAGAAGAUCAAAGAGAAUACUGGCAAACACUCUAAUGGUACUAUUAUUGAUAUUUUGGGCCAUUCCUGUAGCUGUCGUCGGUUGUAUCUCCAACAUUAACUUCUUAACGGAAAAAGUGCACUUCUUGAGAUUCAUUAACAAUUUGCCCAACGUCCUCAUGGGGUUAAUUACAGGUAUAUCGCCCACAAUAUUGUUAGCAUUAUUGAUGUCUUUACUUCCACCAUUCAUUAGAAUGUUGGGUGUGCUAAGCGGCGCAUUAACACAACAGGAAGCUGAUCAGUAUUGUCACAAAUGGUAUUAUGCAUUCCAAGUGAUCCAAGUCUUUAUUGUCACCACUUUAGCAUCUUCUGCAUCUGCCACAGUGGAGGCCAUCAUAAGAGAUCCAAGUUCAGCAAUGACUCUAUUAGCUGCAAAUUUACCAAAGGCUUCCAAUUUCUACAUUGUUUAUUUCCUAUUACAAGGGUUGACAGUACCAAGUGGAUCUUUACUACAAGCAGUCAAUUUGGUGUUAUCAAAAGUCUUGGGUAAAGUAAUGGAUACCACUCCAAGACAAAAAUGGACUCGUUACAACUCCUUAUCUAAACCAACGUUCGGUGUCAUCUAUCCAACAAUGGAAAUCCUGGUAGUUAUUUGGGUCUCAUACAGUAUAAUUGCCCCCAUCAUCCUAAUAUUCAGCACAGGUGCUUUAUUCCUAAUGUAUUUGGCCUAUUUAUACAAUUUAAAUUUUGUCCUUGGAUUUUCAAAGACAGAUUUAAGAGGUAGGAAUUACCCUCGUGCCAUUCUACAAGUCUUUGUGGGAAUCUACAUUGCCCAGGUUUGUCUCGUAGGGUUGUUCAUUAUGGCAAAGGCAUGGGGGCCACUGGUGUUGGAAUGUUUCUGGAUCGGUGUCACUGCAUUGGCUCACAUUUACAUGAAAUGGAAAUUUAUCCCAUUGUUUGAAGCUGUCCCAUUAAGUGUCAUUAGAUAUGCUAGAGGUGAAAAAAAUGCUUGUUACCCAACGAAGGAUCUUGGUUUACAUGAAGUGAAAGAUGUCGCAAAGGAAGCAAAAGAAGAAUACGAACGUGAUCAAAUUGGUGGUGCCAUUAGACCUGCAACUCGUAAUGAUUUGAAAAGAGCCAACUUAUUGCCUGAUCCGGAAGAGGAAAGAAGCAGUAGCACCCAAGCAAGUGAGGAUCAAUCAUCGGUCGAAUCUACAGGGGAAACUACAAUCAGAAAUUAUACCAAUGGAGCCACAUCCAAGAAACUCAGCGUUGGUGGUAGUGAAUCAUUAAAGCCAACUUCGACAUUUGUGGAAGAUGAACAAGAAAGAUUUAAGAAAUUGCGUUACAGUGAUAUACAGGGCCGUCCAAAGAACCCAGAUGAUCAAUCAAGGGGACCAGAUGGAACUUUAAUGGAAAGAGGUGACUAUGGUAGGAUGUAUGGUGACCCUAAUGCUGUACUAAAUGAGAUGGAAGCUUUCCCACCAAAUAUUGUAGAAAAUAUUACUGUAUGGGGGAGAAUUAAAAAUUUCUUUAGCCCACGUAAGAGUUACCCAUUCGAAAGAAUUAGAAUGAGAUUACCACAUGUCUAUAACACAACCGUCGAGUACGAAAAUGAUUACUUACAAUCCGCUUAUACUGAUCCUAUUGUGAACGAAAAACCUCCAGUAGUAUGGAUUCCAAGAGAUCCAAUGGGUGUUUCAAAAGAACAAGUAGAUGAAGCUAGAAAUAACGGUCUUAUUAUCUGCGAUGAUUUUGCCGUUUUUGAUGAAAAGGGUAAAGCUAAGUUUACAUUUAAUCCACCAGAUUACGAACCUCCUGUUAAGAGGUAG